UAUUCUCAAAGGAGGUUUAGUUAGUCCAUGGACUAAAUCGGUGGUUUAAACCUCCGAUUUAGUCCAUGGACUAAAUUUUGGUAUUCUCAAAGGUGAUUUAGUCGGGGGUUUAGUUAGUCCGUGGUCUAAACGCGUCGUUUUACGUCAUCAAUUUUAGUCAGCUCUCAUGGGUGGUUUAAAAAAUUUAGUCCAUGGACUAAAUUUCGUGCGCAUGCGUAGUUGCCUAAUCGUCUGCAAUUUUUUUCACUCUUUUUCCCGCUCAAAAGUCAUCGGAGACAGAACAGAGCCCGAUUUAGUUUCGGGUUAUAUGUAUAUUUCACUGAACCAGUUUUUGGUAAUUUUCGCCGAAAACGAGUCACAACUAAGCUGGUUACCUUUUGUAUCUUGGCCCUGACAGGGGCAGCAUCCACCAGCGUUUUCCCUGCCAUCAACAUAUGCAAUCACUUCUACAGUUCUAGUGCAGGUUGUCUCCAACACAGCAGCUGUGCAAAAGACUACUUCCCCUCAAGCAGGGCAGCAUCCACUAGCGUUUUCCCUGCCAUCAACAUAAUCACUGCUACUUUCAUUUUGGACUGAAAAUAUGGCAAAUUUCUACCGCCUUCGUCAGCUUGACAGGGCCAGAGAGGCGGAAAUGAGGCCAGAGAGGGGACUCACAGAUCACAAGAAUCCAUUUGAACUGUACGACGAUCGUGAUUUCAAGAUGCGAUACAGAUUUACAAAACACACAGCACUCUACCUAAUCAACAUCCUUGAAGAAGAUCUCAGUAGGAACACCGAUCGGAAUAAUCCGCUACCUGUUGUGGUACAAGUCAUGACUGCUCUGCGUUUUUAUGCCGUAGGUUCAUUCCAAAUUAUGCAUGGUGAUGAGGCAUCAAUAUCUCAGCCAUCUGUGAGCCGAGUCAUCAAGAAGGUUUCAGAAGCUAUUGCAAGAAGGAAACGGGAAUUCAUGAGAUUUCCAUCAACGAGAGACGAAUUUGAAACAACGCAGCAGCAAUUCUAUGAGUACUGCGGCUUUCCCGGGGUCAUCGGUGCUAUAGAUGGGACCCAUGUGUACAUCAGGAGUCCUGGUGGGGAACAAGCCCUGUUUUUCCUGUUAAGGAAAUAG